AUGUUUAAAAAAGUCACCCAAUCCAUCGUAAAUCAAAUGGAUCCACAAGGAGGCCUGGUCCCAGUUCACAGCAUCUUGGACCAUGAACAUUUCAGACCCCUCUGUCUAGUGAGAAGAAAAAGAAAAGCCAUAUUCCACCCAUCUCCCUGCUACAGACAGACGUGGUACAGGCUCGAGGAUGUGCUGCUGCCUGGAGGAGACGCUAACAGCGCAGAGUCCCUCCUUCCCAGCGGAGGUGGUCAAGAUUCAAAGCAAUUUACAGUCAAAAAAAGCACCAGUGACAGAGUCGAUGGGAGCCUGAGCCUUCGUGCAGACCCUACAAGCGUAGAGCUGAAGGGAGCUGCCUCCUUGUCCCAGGCGUGGGCCAUCAAGCUGGAGAAGCACCACAUCCCAGUACCAAAACUGCAGGCGCUGAAAACACACAGAAAAAUGGAUGUGAAUCACUCCUUCAUUCAACAACUACAGAAAACACGACAAAAUUUAUACGUGGUUCAUGAAGCAAUAGAAGCUGCAGAGGAGACCAGCUACGAGGAAUCCAGCGAGGCAGAGGGGAGCUUCAUGGCCCAGCUUUACGCCAAGUUUUGUGCGAAGGGCACCAGAAAGAGCAAACAGAGCAUAACCAUUCCCAAGGGCUGCACCCUGGCUUUCAGAGCAAUCCAGCUGGCCAUUAGAGACGGAUCAUGGGAUCUUGAAUAUUUCCCAGAAAAAAGUACAUUAAAGUUCGUAUCUGAUGGUUUCUCACAAGGAAACUUAGGAGAGGUGGAGGUAGAAGUUAAAGAAAAUUGUCAAAUUCUCUGCACGUUAUCUUCUGAUCUGUUCGUCAUAUUUCUAAAAGCCAUCAAAGCUGUGAUGAAAGACAGGAACCUCUUUCAAGAGCUGACCCACAAAAUGGAAGCAGUUCUUGAUGAACCCGGCAGUUGUGAGCUGGAAACAGAAAGCCCAGAGUUAAAAGACCUGUUGAGCAGCUUGCAGGAUUCUUCAAUCCAUCUUCUCCAUGAGCUGGCAGGAGCAAUCACCUACACCCUGGACGCGUUAGAUGAGCUAACGGAGGAUCAGAGGCUGCUAUUGCUGGAGUCCUUGGAAGACAAGAUUGUGUCCCAACAGCUUAAGCUGGUUGGGAGCAUCUUGGAACACGGGAAGGGGCGUUUCAGCGUGGAUGCCAGCCUGCUCUCCUUCUCCCGAGAGAAGGAACAAGAAUUAACCAUUGCAAUGGUUGAGAUGAGCGGAGUGAAGCUCCAUAAGGACGGAUCUGCUGUCUGUACGGAAAAAGCCUUCUCGGCCAUGGCAGCCCUGUACGCGUCUCUGUACGCCCUCAGUAUUCUGAGCAACUCAGAUUAG